AUGUCUGCAAGAAGAACAGUAAGAGGGACCUCCGGGUACUAUGGCCCAAUCACGGCCAUCGCCAUUGAUAUGGACAAGAACAGCCAACACGCUUUGAAGUGGGCCGUUGAAAAUAUCAUUCAAGAUUCUCCACAAUGUGUCCUUCUCCACGUUCAACGAGCAGAUCAUUUACAUCAUGACGAUGAGGAGAAGGCGCAUCAAUUCUUUCUUCCUUUCAGAGGAUUCUGCGCUCGGAAAGGAAUCAUAACAGAGGAGGUAAUUCUUCGUGACGAAGACAUCUCCAAUGCUAUUGUUGAAUACUUGACCAAGAACUCCAUCGCAAAUAUCGUUGUUGGCGCAUCUGCACGCAACGCCUUCCUCAAGAAGUUUAAGAGUCCAGACGUGUCCACAUCUUUGCUUAAGACGACUCCAGAGACUUGUGCUGUCUUUGUUGUGUCCAAAGGUAAGCUAUUAAAAAGAAAACCAGCGAGUCAGCCUCAGAAACUUUCCAGACAACAAAAUCUCUCUUCUUUGUUGUACAACUCAAUGAGCUCCAUUUCAAGUGAUUCAGACAGGACAUCAUUAUCACAUGUAUCUACACAAACCAACAUACCAAAAUCAGAUUUAUCCCAAUCUUUUUCACCUCGCAUCUCACCACCACAAUCUGUGAGUGAGAUUUCUCAGUUAGAGACUGACAGUGGCAGUUACGGUGUGGUAUCAACUGUGAGUACUUACACCAUCUCUUCAACUUCCACCACCAACGGAAGCUCGAUCUCUUCAACGUCCAUGGAAAGUCCACUUGCGGGAAAUUUUGUGGAACAACAGAAUCAAAAUCUUGAAGCAGAGGUAAGGAGACUGAGACUAGAGUUGAAGCAGUUCAAGAAGGACAAAGAUACUACAGACCAAAAGGAAAACGUAAGAUACUCCAUCGAAACCCCAAGGUCUGAGGAAGCAAUAGAGCUGCCUAGAGUAUUGUCUGAGAGGGAAAAGCAGAAAAGGCAGUCUGCAAUCCAAGCAGCUGAAAUAGCAAAGUGCAUAGCGAAAAUGGAGAGCCAAAAGAGAAGAUUACAAGAGAUGCAAGCCAAUUUGGAGAAACAGAGAAUGGUCAAUAAGGUAUCUUACAGACGUUACAGUAUCAGAGAUGUUGAAGAUGCAACCAAUGGUUUUUCUGAUGAUCUAAAGAUUGGGGAAGGAGGUUAUGGACCUGUUUACAAAGCUGUCCUCUAUUACAAUUCUGUUGCCAUUAAAAUCUUGAAAUCGGGUAUCACACAAGGACUGAAACAGUUCCAACAAGAGAUUGAUGUUCUGAGUAGCAUGAGACACCCUAAUAUGGUGAUCCUUCUCGGUGCAUGUCCCGAGUUAGGUUGUCUUGUUUAUGAGUAUAUGGAAAAUGGAACACUUGAAGAUCGCCUCUUCUGCAGAAACGAUACAACUCCACUGUCAUGGAGAGCAAGGUUCAGAAUUGCUGCUGAGAUUGCCACAGGACUUCUUUUCCUUCACCAGGCAAAACCAGAGCCCCUAGUUCAUCGUGAUCUGAAGCCAGCAAACAUUCUACUCGAUAAACAUUUCACUAGCAAAAUCAGUGAUGUUGGUCUAGCUCGCUUGGUACCUCCUUCUGUGACUGAUUCCUCUAGUAACUAUUACAUGACUUCUGCAGCCGGUACAUUUUGUUACAUUGACCCUGAGUAUCAGCAAACCGGAAUGCUUGGAGUGAAAUCUGACCUCUACUCUUUUGGUGUGGUGCUUCUGCAAAUCAUAACAGCCAUGCCAGCAAUGGGCUUAGGCCAUAAAGUAGAGAUGGCAAUUGAAGAUAAUAAGCUCAGAGAAAUAUUGGAUCCAAGAGUAUCAGAAUGGCCUGAAGAAGAGACUCUGGAGUUGGCUAAAUUGGCUUUGCAGUGCUGUGAACUGAGGAAAAAGGACAGGCCUGAUCUUGCUUCAGUACUGUUGCCAACUCUGAACAGGCUUAGAGAGUUUGCAACAGAGGAUCAUGAACAUAUCCAGGAUAGAACACCUCAUUUGUCACAUGCUCAUAAUUCAGUUAUGCUUCCCCCGAAUCCUUUUUCUCAGAGAGAAGAUCAAAUGAGAAAAUCCUAUUGAGUAUUGACCCUAAAAACAUGGAAAUCCGGCGUAGAUCAACCAGAAGCUGACUAUGGCACUACCUAAGAUCCACAAAGAACUUGUUCCUUGUAAGAGCAGUAAUCAUUCCAUACCAAGAAGAAGUCGACCUCCAAGAUCAUAUACAAGUCGCCAGUACAAAGGCAAGUGUUGGUCUUUUAUGCGUUGUGCUCCAUCCAAAGUUCAGUGGGGUGAUUGUCCAUAGUGUGUGGGAGUUCCCAUAUCUCUGUAUAUGAAACGCAUCUAGUUUUGUUCAUGUGCUUACUAUUAAAGAAAAGUUUUAUUAAUGGAAGAUACUUGUUCGAUGCCAAAAUCAUUUUAAUCGUCGUUUUGCUGGAUGGUACACAGUAACAAACAAACAAUUCCAAGUAAACUGCAAAGAUGAAAGUUUAAGACUGAAUAUAGAAAAAUUUGAGGACAUUGUUUGUUUCAGCAAGAACAGCUUCAUUGUAAGAGCUUAGAGGAGGUUAGGAUGUUUAUUACUCAAUAUCAGUGAGACUUGCGAGAGACAAAACAAAAAGCAAUCUUUGUGACCUGAUCCCCCGGAGACAAAAUGGAAUGCUUAGAGCAGAAGAGAUAUUCCGGUGAAAUAAAACCAGAGGAAAAUAAAUAUAUGAUCUUUGAGAAUCAAGUAUGAUACAUACUCACUCUCUGCAUUGAAUUAUAAGCACAGUGUAAGAUAUGUAAACUAUAAGUAAGAACAGAACAGUAAAGACACGAGAUUAUUAAGACUCUAAUAUCAGAACAUAUCAGAUUAGCAGAGGAAAACAGAGGAGGACAAUGAUGCGAACCACCCAAUCAGCAAAAUGAGAAGAAAUACACGAAAGAAGAGCUAACUAACAUUGAUACAAUACAACACAUCCAUUUCUUAACAAAAAAAAAGGAAGAGGUAACAUUGAUCAAACAGAAACAUAAAACACUAACUAGCAGAAACACUCAUAACAAAUUAAAUUACCAAUCGGUAAGAACAUAUCGGUAUGAAUAUUAGAAAAAAAAAGGUUUUGCAGGUUAUUCUUCAAAGUGAAACUGCAUUAUGACAUACAGACUUUGUACCUCUAGAAACCAAGAAAAAGUUUUCGUUUUUAUGAUUCCAAGACAUACGAAACCUAUCAAAUUCACCAUUUCCCCUAUCAAAAAUGUCAACAACGACGAAAACAGAGUCUUCCAAUUAGACUCACACAUUCGCAGCAGCAAACCAUCUUCUUCAAAUGGGCACA